AUGGUCACAGCGGAACAUUUCCUGAGCAGGCACAGGGCUCGGGCUCUCCACCCGUCCAGAGGGGGCGAGGCCCCGAGCGGAGCAAGGCUGGGCUGCCGGGACCGGACCGGCACUCCGACACGCCAAGCUGCCAGCCACUCGGCCAUCCCCUCGGAGACUCAGAACUCCGCGCCAGUGGGGCAAAGUGUGGAUGACAGAAAGAGAGGCAGCAAACCCCCACCUGAGCCUGUGGAGGCCCGGCCAGGUGGUCGCACGCAGGGGACCCAGCGGCAGGCAGUUGCCAGGGAGGCGGCGGGAACGCGGGACAGACGCGACACUGUCCCCACCCUGGGCUCCGGAACCGAAACCCAGCUCCGCGCUUCCUACGGCAGUGUCCAGGAAGUUGAGAGACUUACUGAGCAACUAGAAGAAAAAGAGAAGGAGACGCAGCAGCUGAUGAGCCAGCCUCAGCAAGCCCGGGAGAAGGAGCUUGUCCUGUUGCGGAGGAGUGUGCUGGAGAAGGAACGGGCCCGGGCCGCCAGCCAUGUGCUGUGCCGCUCCUUGGCCGACGAGACCCACCAGUUACGCAGGACACUGGCUGCCACUGCACACAUGUGCCAGCAUCUGGCCAAGUGUCUGGAUGAACGACAUGCACAGGGGGACGUGGGGGAGAAGUGCCUGAAGGAGCCAGAGCAUACAGAUGGAGAUCAGGCUGCUGUUGAGAAGUUACAGGAAGAAAAUCGACUGUUGAAACAGAAGGUGACUCAUGUGGAAGACCUCAAUGCCAAGUGGCAGCGCUAUGAUGCCAGCCGGGACGAGUAUGUGAGGGAACUCCAAGUGCAGCUGAGGGGGCUACAGGCCCCCCAGGAACCUGAAUUGAUGAGGAAGGAGAUCUCCCGGCUCAACAAGCAGUUGGAGGAGAAGAUAAAUGACUGUGCUGAAGUGAAGCAGGAGCUGGCAGCUGCCAGGAUGGCCCGGGACUCCGCACUGGAGCGAGUGCAGAUGCUGGAGCAGCAGCUUCUUGCUUAUAAGGAUGACUUCACGUCAGAAAGGGCAGAUCGGGAACGGGCUCAAAGCAGGAUUCAGGAGCUGGAGGAGAAGGUCACUUCCUUGCUGUACAAGGCUUCCCAGAGACAGGACACCCAGGAGGAAGGCCCCUGCCGGAUUCAUACUAGGAGCAGAACUGCCAAGUACUUAGAGACCGAUGUGUUGGAGCUUGGGGCACCUGGUGGCUGGAGGCCUGGGCCUGGGUCCCCACAGCUGGAGUCUCCUGCAGAGGACGUGUGCCCCAGCACAGCUCAGAGAGGACGGGGUGACCUUCAGUGCCCCCGCUGCCUGGGCUACUUCAGUGACACACAGGGUGAAAAAUUCCUCAGGCAUGUGUCUGAGUGCUGUCAGUGAGCCAGGGCCUCCUCUGCCCCUGUGGUUUCCACCCUGCCCUAGGGGAUGUGGGGGUGCUUUCAGACAUGGUGGGUUGAACUCUACUGAGACAUAGGGUGCCCAGAAUGAGAUAGGAACACUCUUAAGAGUUCUCUUUGGUUCCCUUUUGGCCACAGCUCAGACUGGGUCUGUGAAGCUGCCAGCAGAGCUGGAGUCAGAGUUAGGGUCAGGAGCAUCUGGCAGUGGGGGCAGUCCUGUCCCAAGCUGCCAAGCCAGUCUGGUGCAGGGACACCUAGAGGCCAGGUACCUUGCAGCUUCAGAUGCUACUGCUUGCCAGAAGCAGGUGGCUGCCUGUGGGAGCCCAGUGUGCCAUCCCUAGGAUGGAAGGCUCAUCCUGUGCCACAGAAUAAGGUGUCCCGGGCUAGGGUUGUGGCUCAGUGGCAAAGCACUCACCUAGCACGUGCAAGGCCCUGAGUUCGAUCCUCAGCACCACAUAAAAAUAAAUAAAAUAAAGGUAUUAUGUUCAACUACAACUAAAAAAUAAAAAAUUAAAAAAAAAAAAAGAAUAAGGUGUCCCUCACAGCCCAGCUCUGUGUAGCAUAUGCAUCACACUAGGGACCCUCCCAAGCCAGGCAGAGCCCCGCCUCCACAUAGCACCCUGCAUUGCAAGAGCAUUUAUCAUGCACCCAGAAGUUAAAGUACAUUGACUUCUUGUUAACUUAUUUUUAUAAUAAAUGUACUCACUAUUGUGA